ACGCACUCCCCCAGCGACCUUUGCUGCCAUGGCAACAGACACAGACGAGUGUUGUCUAUUCGAGCACAUUUGAAAGUACGUCGUAGUCUCCAGACGGUGCCCGUCUCUUCGUUAUCAUUUGAGCUGUGUAUUACGAUGCCUCCCAAAAACAAAGGCUCGAGCAAACAGCCCGCGAAGGUGAAGACGCCCACUCUGAUCGAUGGACUCACCAAGGAGGAGAUGUCCAAGGAGCAGCUUGAAGAACACAUUGUGUCCCUCCGAGAGGAGCUGGAUAGAGAGAGGGAGGAGAGAAACUACUUUCAACUGGAGAGGGACAGGAUGCACUCGUUCUGGGAGAACACAGAGAGACAGCUGCAGGAGCUUCAGGCCCAAAGGAAAAACCUAUACUCGGACAUAGAGGAGGACGAGUGGCGCCACCAAGUAGAGAUAAAGGUGUAUAAGCAGAAGAUGAAGCACCUCCUGUGUGAACACCAGAACACGAUCUGUGAGUUGGAAGCAGAUGGUUUAGUCUCGACUGAGGAGCGACACAAAGAGCAAAAACAAUCAGAGACUAAGCUUCGUGAGGAAAUGAGGGCCAUCAAGGUAGACACGCAGCAGAUCAGCAAUGAAAACCUUGUCAAGGAGCUUGAACUGAAACAUGAUGAAGAAAUGACUAAAGCAAGAAUCAGCUUGGAGAAGAAACUCGCAGAAACUGAGGCCAGGUAUGAGAAAAAGAUGACGUUACUGCCACAAGAGCUGGAAAACCUGAGGAAAAAUGAGACCAGUGAGAGAGAAGAUCAGUGGAACAGCCACAUCGCUGGUCUUACAGAAGACCACGACAAAGCUUUGAGAGACGCUAAUGAGCUUGUUAACCGCAUGAUGCAUCAGGUUCUGGACGUCAGUGAUUCACUCAAGACACAAAUGAAAGAAAUGAAGACGAAACAGCAGGAGAAGGAAAAGGACGUCAUCACUGUUUUGCCUGACAACAAACGCCUUGCUGAGCUUCUCUUAAAAGUCGAGGAGGAAAUUACUGGAAUCGAGAAAAAAUUGAAAAACAACGUUAAGAAAAAGGACGUCAGUGAAAAGCUCAGAGAAAAGAAGCCAAAUGAUAUGAGACAGGAUUAUGAGGCACUGAAAGAGAAAUUCAACAAGCUUCAGCUGGAAAGGGACGAGCUGUACAAAACAUACUCGGAGAGUAUUGAGAAGGUGCAGCAUAAAGCCGGUCUGAAGAGCGUGCAGCUGGACACGAAGCUGACAGCCCUGACAGAUGUCCUGGAGAAGACACACGCUCAGCUCCACUCUGUGCUUUCUGCCACCAACAUGGACCAAACAGCCCUUGCUGAGGUCGCAAACAAAAUUCAGGAAAAUCUCGACUCCAGUAAUAAUUCAAUCAAGGUCUUGCAGUAUAAAAAAGCUCAGAUUUCCAAGGUGCAUAAGGAUUUACUCCUGACCUAUGAAGCAAAGCAACGGGCUCUUGAUGUCACAGAGGAAGUCCAGAACAUGUUUUGGAUCUUGACUUUUCCCUUAAAUGAGAAACGAGAACAAUCAGUGAGCUCAUGUUUAUUCACUCUCACAGAUGAGAAGAAGUUGAUGUUCAAUAACACGCUGCCCUCCGGAGGCAGAGAUAAGAAACUACAGAAGCAGUUGUCAGAAUCCCAUUUGAAUUAUAGAGGACGAAGAGGCGAGACACUGAGUUACUUGACCACAUUUGAAAAUACAAAACCGGACCGAGACAACCACCCAGAAAGACGAGGGCAACUUCUUGAGGAACGCUCGCUCUUAGGCAAAAUGCCUCCUAAAAACAAAGGCUCGAGUAAAAAGCCUGCAAAGGAAAGUAAGCCCACAGAUGAACCCAUCGAGGAGGAGAUGUCCAGGGAGCAGCUUGAAGAACAAAUGGCGUCCCUCGAAAAGGAGCUGGAAAGAGAGAAGAAGGACAGAAACUACUUUCAACUGGAGAGUAACAGGAUCCAAUCCUUCUGGGAGACAACAGAGAGACAGCUGCAGGAGGUCAGGGCCGGAAGGGAAAACCUAUACAAGGACAUAGAGGAGGACGAGUGGCGCCGCCAGGUGGAGAUAAAGGUGUAUAAGCAGAAGAUGAAGCACCUCCUGUGUGAACACCAGAACACGAUGUGUGAGUUGGAAGCAGAUGGUUUAGUCUCGACUGAGGAGCGACACAAAGAGCAAAAACAAUUAGAGACUAAGCUUCAUGAGGAAAUGAGGGCCAUCAAGGUAGACACGCAGCAGAUCAGCAAUGAAAACCUUGUCAAGGAGCUUGAACUGAAACAUGAUGAAGAAAUGACUAAAGCAAGAAUCAGCUUGGAGAAGAAACUCGCAGAAACUGAGGCCACGUAUGAGAAAAAGAUGACGUUACUGCCACAAGAGCUGGAAAACCUGAGGAAAAAUGAGACCAGUGAGAGAGAAGAUCAGUGGAACAGCCACAUCGCUGGUCUUACAGAAGACCACGACAAAGCUUUGAGAGACGCUAAUGAGCUUGUUAACCGCAUGAUGCAUCAGGUUCUGGACGUCAGUGAUUCACUCAAGACACAAAUGAAAGAAAUGAAGACGAAACAGCAGGAGAAGGAAAAGGACGUCAUCACUGUUUUGCCUGACAACAAACGCCUUGCUGAGCUUCUCUUAAAAGUCGAGGAGGAAAUUACUGGAAUCGAGAAAAAAUUGAAAAACAACGUUAAGAAAAAGGACGUCAGUGAAAAGCUCAGAGAAAAGAAGCCAAAUGAUAUGAGACAGGAUUAUGAGGCACUGAAAGAGAAAUUCAACAAGCUUCAGCUGGAAAGGGACGAGCUGUACAAAACAUACUCGGAGAGUAUUGAGAAGGUGCAGCAUAAAGCCGGUCUGAAGAGCGUGCAGCUGGACACGAAGCUGACAGCCCUGACAGAUGUCCUGGAGAAGACACACGCUCAGCUCCACUCUGUGCUUUCUGCCACCAACAUGGACCAAACAGCCCUUGCUGAGGUCGCAAACAAAAUUCAGGAAAAUCUCGACUCCAGUAAUAAUUCAAUCAAGGUCUUGCAGUAUAAAAAAGCUCAGAUUUCCAAGGUGCAUAAGGAUUUACUCCUGACCCUAUGAAGGUCUCUUGGUGUCAAAGUGGAGGAGCUUCGUGCAAAGCCCCUAGAGAGCAUUCAUGAUGGAAUUCCACAACAUGUCUUGGAUCUUGACUUUUCCUUUCAGUGAGAAACCAGAACAAUCAGCGAGCUCAUGUUUAUUCACUCUCGCAGAUGAGAAGUAGCGAAUCCGAGCCCUGAAAUCCAAUAUUAACCCAGUUACUACUUUAACUUAUUGCUGCAAAAUACUUUGUUCAUACUCUGUGACGUCAUCAAUGUCUUUUACACAUAUUCAGACUUUACUCUGUGUUAAAGCAAGUAGUGUUGUGUUUUUUACGUUUCAUUCGACAAAUGGUAUGCCCUCUGUUCUUACCUGUUAAAUCCACUUUUGUCUUUUUUUGUUUCUUCACACUUUUUUUUGGAAGCACAAUGGGACAUUCUGUUUGACCAUGUGUUCUUGAGUAAAAUAAAUAAGAAAUCAAGACAAAGUGCUUUUGCUGCCCAAUAAACAAUAGGCCUCUAAUAUGA